AUGCAAGAUUUAGAAAGAUAUGUAUGUAGCGACGAUGCAUCAUCAACAGUACGUUGUCUAGGAGAACUUUUAACGAAAAUGAGACCUUUAAACGUUCAAGAGAUUCAGCGACUCGUUGAUAAGGCGAAAGUUGCAGGCAAACUAAUUCACGGUAAAGAAAUUAUUCUUUUGAUAGGCGAGACCGGAACUGGAAAAUCGACUACGAUUCAGUUUCUCGCGGGUUCUAAAAUGAAAAAGACUAAGGUCGAAGUUGAGCCUGGUAGAUUUUUAGAACAUAUCACAGCAGAUGGACUUAUAACUAAUUCUGGAUUGGAAAAUGUGAUUAGUAGUGCGCGAAACAAGUCAGAAACUCGCUACAUCACACCUGUUACGAUUCAGUUGAAAGAUAUUUUCGGUUCUUACGAAUUUGGAGAGAUCAUUUUAUGUGAUGCACCAGGUUUUGGCGAUACAGCAGGUCCAGAAGUUGAUAUUGCUAAUGGUGUAGGAGUUAUCGAGGCUAUCAAAGGAUGUAAGAGCGUCAAGAUUCUUGCUCUAUCAAGUUAUAAAAGCUUAGGUGAUAGAGGACAAGGCAUUCAGAGACUAGCACAUUUAUUAAUCAAUAUGAUUCAUGGAAUUCAGGAUAGACUAAGUGCUAUUCUUUAUGCAUUCACAAAAUAUCCUUCAACCAUCGAUGUGUCUGCUUUGCUAAUUGACAUUAAAAUGUCGAAAGUAGACACAGAUCCUUUGUUGCGAUCAGAUAGUGCUUUUGUAACAGUGUUAACGGAUAUGAUAAAUAAAACUAAAGUAGGUGCUGAAAAUAUCGAUCCUGUUUGUGGAGAUCCGAGAAACAUUAUUGGAAAAUUGAAGAAUGUACACGGUAUUAUGUUCCCUGAAGAAGUGUUUCGAUUUUCGAUGAGCGAAGAAACACAAGCAUGUAUUGCAAAUCAGGCACAACGAGAUAACUCAAGUGUCAAAUCUGCAUUCAAACAUAAAGACAUUGAUCUUGUAGUGUAUUACUUGAAUAAGUUGAAAACGUUAAAAGAUUUGCUAGAGCAUAGUACAGCUCGAGAUACCUAUGAAGAUGCUAUACGUUUUGUAAGUGAUAGCAUUAAUGAAUAUUGUACAGGAGUGACAAAAAAAUUCAACCGCGCGUUAGUUAGUCAAGAUGGAUUAGGAAAAGACGAUAUUGAUGAAUAUAAAAGUGCUAUUGAAUAUAUUCAACAAAUCCAAAAAUUGACAGAACAUUUAGGCUCAAAUCUAUUGUCACCUGAAUCAUUAAUGCAAAACAUUCAUUCUGAACUACAGAGGAGGAGUCAAGCUCUAAUAGAAGAAGAUUUACAUAGUCCCUUGAUAGGCAUUUAUUUCGAUAAUUUAUGUAUUCUGAAGGAGACUUUUAAACAACUUGAAUCAUUUUACAAUAAAAGUUGUGAAAGUUUUCGAGAACGUUUCGAAAAAUUACAACAAUCUGCUCGUGAACCGAUUUAUAUUAAUGACUUCAAUAAAGCAGCUGAAAUUAUUCUUAAAAUAUCCAAAUGUUUGCCGAUUCUGAAUAGUCAUUUGAAUGGAUUAGUCGAAGAAAAAUAUAAAAACAUCGUGCAAUUGCUCUUGCAACAUUUAAAUAGUUUCUCGGAAAAAGCCGAUUCUAUUUUAGCAAGGACUAGAUUAAGUGAGAAUGACAUAGAAGUCAUUAGAGAUUAUGUGAAAACAAUGAGAUCAGCUAAAGAAAAUUCUGCACUUCAAGAUCGUAUUUCUACAUAUCUUGAAAUGUUAACAAAGAUAAAUGAUAAAUUAGUAGAAGAUGUCAAAAGUAUUAGUGACAAUUACAAUGCAUUGAUUGAAAAAAUAGUAAACUAUUUCAAUCAAAUAAACAAUAGGAUUCCAGAACUUUUUCAAACAAGUGGAGAUCGUGCUCUAGAAGAUAUAGAGACAUUAGUCAACGAUAUGGAUGCGAUUCGAACCAUUCCAGAAAUUGAAUCGAAAACUGCCGGAGCAUAUUAUCGUACUGUUGAAAGCAUACGUGGACAUAUGCAACAACUCCAACGAGAUGUAGAGCAAUUACUUUUUCCUCUUGAUCUUCAAUCAGGUACUCUUAAUUAUGGAAAAAUUGCCCGAUUAUUAUCACGUUUGAAAAAUGCCAAAUGGAUGAAUCGUGUUAGUCCAGGAGCAUAUGAUACUUCGAUAAAUCGUGUAACAGCAGAGUUAAUUCAAUAUUUCCAUGAAUUAGAAGAUAGUCUAAUGAAAUUAGAUUUAAGUUUGAGAUAUCCGGAAAAUGUUUCUGUAGCUGAAGGAAUUUUUGAGAAAAUUGAAUCUUUAAGUGUAUUAGAACGUAGUGUUCCAGAAUUAAAAAAAUCUAAAGAUGCAAUGGUUCAACGUUUUCUAGAAAGUGUACAGGGGAAUUUCAAUCGUAUACAAGCUAAGUUUAAUUUACAAGACAUUACUUUAUAUCAAAUGAAACAGGAAUUAAAAGAGCUUGAACAAAUCAUACGCGAAUACGAGGAUUUACAUUCAGCUCGUGUCUUUUUACGAAAACAUGAUUUUUCAGAUAUAAAUAAAUUGAACAAUGAAAUUGAUGAGUUAGAAAAGAAACAAAAAGAAGAACUCCAACAAGAAAAUGAGAAAAAAUCUAAGAUAGAAUUAGAAUUAAAUAAUUUGAAAUUGGUUAUUGAAAACUGUAAUCAGUCCACUAUUGAUACCAUGCGUGAGACUAUCAAAAAAGCAGAACAACGUUUUAAUGAUCAAUUGGAAAUUAUUCAGGAAAUACAAACAAAAUAUAAUAAUUCUUUAACACCAUUAAAAUCAAUUCGAAAACAAUAUGAAUCCUUGUUAGCUACACGUGAUUCUAUUUCUCCUGAGCAAAUCAAUUUUCUUCAAGAGAAAGGAAAAGAUAGUAUUGAAUCACUUAAUGAUAUCAUAAAAGAGAAGAAGAAAAUUAUUGCUGAACGUCAGAAAAAUAAGCAAUCCUAUGAUUUUAAUAAUCGAUUCGAUGCAUCGACAGCAGAUAUUGCUUUAUUAUAUACAAGUAAUUGUGAAAAAAUAGCUAAUGUUCGUUUAAAAGAAAUCGCCACUGAUACUCAUGAAAUAUUGAAAAAGUAUAUUAGUGAAUAUGGCUUUUUUCUCGAUCAAGAAAUCGAAAGUUUAUUUAAACAUUUAACUACAAUUGGUUCUCAAGGAAACCUUUCUCAAUAUUCGAAAGAUUUAGAAAUACGUCUAGAACAAUUAUCUUCUCUCAGUGAGGUUAAACGUGUUUUUGAAUGUAUUGACGGAAAUAAGAAAAUAGAACUUUGGCGUCGAAAAUUUCAUGAACAGCUUCGUAAUAUGAGUGGUAUGAUGGAAGAACACAAAGAGUCUGGUAGAAAUACAGAAUUAAGAGAGAAAUUAACGAUUGCACAAGGAUUAAUGGGCUCAGAUCACUUUUGGGGUAGUGCAUUUUUAUCGAAUGGAUUCGGAGCCUUAUACAGAAAGUAUCAGGUAGAGGCAACCAAGGAAUCUAAACAAGCUUAUAGAACAGUGCUAGACUGUAUAUCAAGAGAAGACUAUGGAAACGCAGAUAAGGCAUUAGCAGAUGUUGAUGAGAGAACAGCAAAUCCAAAAGAUAUAGAUCAGAUUAAGCAUGAUUUACAAACAUCUUUAAAUUCUUUGAUGCAAAGUACUCGAAGAAUAAUCAAUGUUCUCGAUCCGAAAACCGAUUUCAAGGAAAAUAAUGAGAGUCGAACACGAGAAAUCAAUGAAAAUAUCGAAAAGAUUCAUAUUGUUUUGAAUAAGCCAAGACUUAUGGGAUAUCUUAACGAAAAAAGCAAAGAUGAUCUAACAAAUUUUGAAGAAUCUAUUAAAAUACUUUUAUCUACAAUGCUUUUAAAGGAGCUCACUUCAAUUGAAGAUUUCAUAAAUUCUGAGAAUGCUUUAGAAGCUGAAAAAAGCAUUGAAAAUUUUAAACGCAUAGAACGUGAGUUAACCAAUCAUUUUACCAUGGAAAAUGUUAGUAAAAAAGCAAAGGAAGUAAGAAAAAAAAUUGAUACUUUAGCAAGCGAUAUUUUAGAACGAAAUAAUUUUAAAGAUAUUGAAAACUAUGCCAAAAAAUCACCUAGAGACCUUUUAGCUAAAUUAGAAAGAGCUGCUAAAUAUCGUAGUGAGAAAUAUACUCCAGUUUAUACGUUUGUAUUAGGAGAAAUUCAGCAUAAUUUUGAAACAGCUAUAAAUAAUGCGUGUGACGCUCCCAUUGAGAAACGUUCAGCACACAUGCGCCCAUUAAAUUAUACAUUAAGAUUUUUACCAGAAGAUUUACAACAGUCAUUUAGACCAGUAAUUAAUGAACUUACUAAGAAAUUCGAAGACGAAGAACGAGCAUAUAAACGUGAUUUAAAAGGCUUUCUCGAAGAUGACAAUGUAGACGAUUCUACCAUAAAACGAUUAAACGAUCUUGCUUUGCAAUAUAAACAAGAACAACGACAUGAAUCCCUUGAAAUUUUACGCAUCGGAGUUAUAAAAAAGUUGGAUAAUCAUUGGAAAAAUGUACAGAAUGCAUUAGAUAAGGAUGAUAUACAAUCUGCUAUUAAUAGUAUGAAGCAAAUUAUUAAAUAUCAAGAAAAUGUAAAAAGUAUUUCCGAAGUAGAAGGAUGCUAUCAAAAAGUGUGUACUUUAAUAAGUAUAAACGUUAAAAACUAUUCGGAUACUCUGAGUAACAUAUUCAAAAUUGAGAAAAUUCAAACUGUUGAGCAAGCUUUUAAUAAUAUGAUCAUCUAUAUUGAACUUGGUCAAGAGUUUCCUAAAAGAAUUCAUGAAUUACUAAAUGAAAAAGUAUUGCAAAAUAUCGAAAAUGGAUUGAAAAAUCUGUAUGAUAAUUGGCAUGACAUUUCUAGUAUAUUCCGUAUUUCUAUGAACGAGCUAAAUAUUAAAUCAAUGCAUGAAGUAAUCAAAAUAACGGAACGUUGGGAUGGAUUUUUACAGAAGAUUAAAAGUUGUUCUUGUCGACAUAGUUUAAUAGAAUCAUUUUUGAACAAUAUGAAAAGUAUUAUUUUUUAUUCGGAUAUGAUUUCUGAAUUAAUGAACAAGAUAAUUGAUUUAACAAAAAAUUUCGAUGUCGAACUUACUAGUGAUGAAACGACACGAUUUGAAGUAAUACGUGAUCAAUUUUUUAAUAAUCUUGCAGUAUCUCUCAAAGCAUUGAAAUCGAUUAAUUCAGAAUUUAAAAGUAAGUUUUCAUCGAUAAGUAAUGUUGAAAAAUUAGAAAAAGAACUCAAAGAGAAAGUCGAAGAACUUAAACGUAAACUUCUUGUAUAUGCAUCGAAAGAUGAAUUUUCAUUAUCGGACUCCGAUUAUUUUCGUAUGUAUUACAAUCAUCUGAUAUCAUGCGAUAAAUAUAUACGUCUUUCAGAAGUCAGAAUUCGACAUAGUUUAGAAUUAGCAGAGACAAAAAUUUUCGACAAAAUUACACUUUUAUCGAAAGAUAUUGCUAAGUUAGAUGCCGAUAUUACCAAAGUUGCUGAAUUAUUUGUAAAAAUGAAAUUUUUUGCUGAGAAUUUUUCGAUGUUUGAUACUAAAAUCAAUGGAAUGAUAGAUGACGCUCUAAAAUCGUACAAAACACAACAGGGUUCUCUUAUUCUUUCGCAAUUGACUAUGGCAUUAGAGAAAAAUGAUGUAGGUUCUCGAUUAAUUGCUGAACAUUCUUCUUUAAGUGCUGAAGAUUGGAGAAAACGGCGUGAAAAAAUGCAAAAACAAGAUGAUCUAGAGUAUGUUAUAGGCGAAUUGGAAGGAAAUGAUGUUUCUAAGGAUGUCUUGCGUUCACGCUAUAAAAAUUUCAGACAAAUAUAUGAUUAUUUAAUAUCAACCAUUUUAGCAUCGUUUAAUCCGAAGACUGAAAAAGAGCCGAAUAUAGAAGUAUUGAUAACACAAACUAAGGUUCUUCUUGGAACAGUAGCACAAAAAGUGAAUGAUAUUACUUGGGAUUACUCUUUUCGAGAUAAGAUUCCUGAAUUAUUAGCACAUAUUUUUGCUGUAUGGACUUUGAAAAAUACUCAACAUUAUAAUGCCAUGCGUGGCAUUGAUGCAUCACAAGCUUAUCUAUUGAUGCCACAUGUUGCGCAAGUUAUUGCUAUUUUUCGUAUUCUUGGUAUUGGCUAUGAAAAGAGCAUGAAAAUCGUAGGAAUUAAAGUACCUUUCACGAAAAGAAUCUCUGAUGAUUUAGUAAAUAAUUUAGUACAAAUAGGAACAGGUGAAGGUAAAUCUGUGGUUAUGGCAAUUACUGCCUGUGUUUUUGCUCUUGUUGGAAUCGAUGUUAAUUGUUCAUGCUAUAGUGAAUACUUAAGUAUGCGAGAUAAGAAUGAUUUUGCUCCAGUAUUUCGAGCACUUGGAGUCGAGGAACGCAUUGAGUAUGGUACCUUUAAUAAAUUGUGCGAAAACUUCUUGAAUGAACAAUGCAAUAUACGAGAAAAAGUUCGUGAUAUGAUUAUGAAUAAUAAGAAUGUCAUAGACGUAGUUCAAACGACGACCCGUAUCCGUCCGAAAGUUUUGUUGAUUGAUGAAGUAGAUGUUUUUCUAAGCGAAAAAUUCUAUGGUGGAAUGUACACACCUUCGGUAUAUCUAAAAGAUCCCGCAAUAAAGACUUUAUUAGAUACCUUAUGGCAAAAUAGAAAUGUACGCACAUUGAAUGCUGUCACAAGUUUGCCAGCAUACCAAGCGUGUGCUACUCGAUUCAGUAACUGGACUUUUCUUUUCAAUGAAGCCAUAAGAGAUAUGUUGGCUGCCUUACAAUCGUUUCAGUCAUCAACAUAUAUCGUACAAAAUGAUAAAAUUGUUUAUGUCGAAGGUGAAUCCAUUGCAGAAAAUGUAGUUCGCGGUUAUGAUACAAUUUGGGCGUAUUAUUUUGAGAAUCAAAAGGGUCUUAUUAGUCAAAAUAGCUUGGAAACUAAUGUAGGCAUUAUCAUUAACUGUGGGACAUUUUCUUACGCUGAAAUGCCUCAUGAAUUUGCUUAUAUCACAGGUGUUACUGGUACUUUAAAAACACUUGCUCAACCAGAACAAAAUAUCCUGAAAAAGGUUUAUCAGAUAUCUAAGAACACUUAUAUGCCAUCAGUUUUCGGAAAAAGUAAUCGUAAUUAUAAUUCUGCUAACGAUGUAGAGACAGUGAAGGAAUCAGAAUAUUUCAUGAGAAUUCGAGGAGAGAUUGACAUGAUGUGCAAUGCUCAACGUGCUAUUCUCGUAUUUUUCGAAUCGGAAGAGAAGUUAAUGGCAUUUUAUAAUUCUUCAGAAUUGUCAUCUAUUAAACAGGAUGUGCAAAUUAUGACUGAGAAAGUUUCCAGUAAGGAGAGAGAACUCUGUAUUAAGCGUGCAGCUUCUGAAGGUAAAGUUACAUUAUCAACGCGAACAUUCGGACGAGGAACUGAUUUCAUUUGUCGAAACCAACGAGUGUUAGCUAAUGGUGGUAUUCAUGUACUUCAAACAUUUUUUUCCGAAGAACUAUCGGAAGAAUAUCAAAUAAUGGGAAGAGGAGCGCGACAAGGAGACCGUGGUUCAUAUAGAAUGGUUUUAUUAGAUAAAGAUUUAGAAUGGGUUCUUGGUGCUACAUGGGAAGAGGAUGUUCCAAAAGUCACAGGCUCUGCCCUUUAUGCCGCUUUGAAUAAAGCUCGUAAUGCACUUUAUGAAAGCAAGUGUGCUGCAAAAGAAGUUGGCAUAGAACAAUCCAGGCAUGAGCAUGAAUCUUCUAAAAUCUUUAUGAAUGCAUUGUCUGAAGGAAAAAUCGACGCUGUCAAACAGUUUUUGACAGAGCAAAAUCGUGGAGCGAACAUAGAUUCUGGCACUUCGCGUACGCUUCUACUGAUGGAUGCAACAGGAUCUAUGUCAAGUUUAUUAUCUGCUGCCAAAGAUACAGUCUGUACAAUGUUUGAACGUGCUUCAGUUGUUUUAGAAGAAAAAGGAUUAUUAAAAGAUGCAUUCUCUAUGCAAUUUGCUGUUUACCGAAACUAUAGUUCUAGAGAUAAUAAAAUUUUGGAAGUUUCUUCUUGGGAGACAAAGGCUAGUAAUUUACGGGCAUUUAUGAACGCCAUUGGUCCUGAAGGUGGAAUGGGAGAGGAAGCGAUUGAAAUAGGAUUCUGGUAUGCAGCUAAGGAGAGUGAAAUGCAAGACGGGAUUUCUCAAGUUAUUUUGAUAGGAGAUGCUCCAGCAAAUAGUAAAUCUGAUGUAACUAGUAAGCGAGCCCGAUUAGGUGAAGCCUAUUGGAAGCAGACUAGAUUUGCUACGCCAACAUAUUAUGAAGAUGAAUUAGAAAAGUUGAAAAAUAAAAAUAUCCCUGUUCAUGCAUUUUAUCUUACUAAUUAUGCAAAAGAUAAUUUUAAAAAAAUUGCAAACGAAACAAAAGGUCGAUGUGAGUCGCUGAAUAUUUGUUCUACUGAAGGUGCUGAAUCAUUGACCAGCUUUGUAACAGAAGAAGUUCUUAGAAAGACAGCGGGUAAUCAAGGAGACGCUGCUGUGGAACUUUAUCGAAAGAAAUAUAGCAAGACAACUUUUACAUCAUAA